UGACCUGACUUUUGGGAUUGAAAAUGCAUAAUUCAUUGUGAAAGAAAGGGAAGGGGGCUGUGUUUGAUUUUCCUGCUCAUUCACCAAAGUCCCACUCCCACUUAACAAGAGCUUUAUGUGUCAUCUUUCCACUCAACCAAAAUUAGCCUCCCUUCUUCCUUAAUUACGUUACAACACCCAAUCCCACUCACAUCUCCAUAUCUCCCAAUAAUCCAAAACCAAACCCAACCUCCGAAGAAAACUUACACUAAAAAAAACAACAACGAAAAUGAUAAAAUUUGAGGCAUAAUAACAUCCAAUUCAGUAAAUUUCAAUUCAGACACUAAGUAGUAAUGUUAAAAGAAAAUAAUAAAUAAAAAGAAGAAGAAGAAGAAGAAGAAGAAACUAUGGGUGGUAGUAGUAAUUAUUAAAGUAAAAGAAUGGCGUCCCGUCGGCCACCAUUUUGGUUAUUAAAAUGGAAGGGGGAAAGAAAAGUGUGCUUUAUCUCUUUACUCACAAUCUUAGUGUUUAGUGUUUUAUAUAUACACACACACAUAUAUAUAUAUAUACACGAAGAAUAAGUAAGAAAUAGGGAAAUAGGAAAUAGGAAUGAUGAGAGGAUUGCCACCUGGAUUUCGGUUUGAGCCAACAGAAGAAGAGCUUGUGUUUGAGUAUCUAAAAUGCAAGGUCUUCUCCUCAGCCUUGCCUGCUUCUAUCAUUCCAGAGAUCAAUGGCGUUUGGAGUUUGGAUCCUUGGGAUAUUCCUGCUGCAGGUGGUGGGGAUGAAGAGAAAUACUUAUUCAGCAAGGAGGCAGAGGAACAUAACAAUAACAAUAAUGGAGAAGGAGGAGGAAUAAUUGGAUGGAGUAAGAGUGGAUACUGGAAGGCAAGAGGAAGGGAGAAGGAAAUAGUAAGUAAUGAGAAUGGAGUGGCAUUAAUGGGUAUGAAGAACACUCUGGAUUUCUACACCAACAACAUCAGGAAGAUGAAGAAGACAGGUUGGGUGAUGCAUCAGUAUCGUCUCAUAAUACCACAUUCUCACUCUUCAACUAACAAAUGGGUUCUUUGUCACAUCCUUUCUCCUACUAAUAAAUUAUUCAGUCAUAUUGUUCACCCCCACCGCCACCGCCGCCGCCUCCAUUGUUCUAUUUCUUCUACAAAGGAUGUGAAUGGGGAUCAUGAGGAUGAGCAUGAUGAGCAUGUGAAUCACAUCACUACUUCCACCGCCUUCUCCGACGACGAACAUGAUUCUGUUUCCUCCACCGCCUCAUCCUCUUCCACAUCCGCCACCUUCACCGAUUUCACAUCUACAGCUACUACUACUACAUUCCACUUCUAGUUAAUUAUUCAUUAUUAUGAUCAUUAUUGUUCCCAUCUUUCGUCGUCUCUUCUUAUAACUAUAUCAUAUGCAUGCUCAUAUAUAUAUAUUUAUAUAUAUAUAUCCUUCCCUUUUUUCCCAUCUUUUCUUUUCUUUCUUCAUUGCUACAACUACAUAAUCAUAAUCUUAACACUAUAUUAUCAUUCAACUCAAUACACAUCAUUCAUUAUUACUACAUGCAUCUUCCACUAUACAAAUUUUAAUCGUCCUUCUAAACUCAAUAUUAUCAAUACAUAUGUAAUACCAUACUCAUUGAUUAACUUCCAAUAUAGCAAUAUUUUAGUAGCAACUCUUUGAGAUGCAGUGGAGUAGCUAAGCACCCAAAUAUAUUUUUCUGUAAUUAAUAUGGUUGGUUGAAUAAUAUAUGGAUGGCUCAAAUUUGGAGGAAAAAGGAAAUUUGUCACACACUUGGUAAAAUAAAACAAGGUUUAAUUUCUCACUCUUUGCACACACUCUCUCCCUUAUCGUUCGUAAGUGACUCUCUUCUCUCUCUGUUUCUUUCAUGAUCUCACUCCGUAGCUUACUCUAUCUCUUUGGUCUUAGCUUUGCAAUGCAAAUUAAAUAGCAGGAGAAAAUAAGAAGAAGACGAGCGUAGUUGCUUAAUUGUGUUGACUCAGUACUGGACCUAAUGCAUGGUCUUAUCCAAGUUGGUCGCAUCAAAAGAUAUGCAAAAGUGCUUAAUCACGAAGCAUCAAAAUUCUAUAAUUUUAAAAAUGCCUCUCAUAAUGGAUCUUUUAAUCAAUUUUUUCAUUAGUAUAAUUAAUAUACGACGUCAUCUACAAAUGUGACAUUCCAUCAAAUUUUGUCACAUGGGAUGUGAGAGAUGAAAGAAAUAUCCAUAAAAAUGGGUGCAUCUUAUUUUUACAUUUCUAUUAUCCAUUUUAUAGUAAAUUACAUCUCAAACUCUGUGUUGCAAUAUUUAUCCCUUUUUAACUUUGAACAAUUAUAAAUAAAUAUGUAGUACCUUUUGCGGUUCUUGGACUUUCAUUUACAACACAUCAUCAACAAUAAUAUGAUUAGUUGCAUUUGUUGAAUGUGUGUAUAGAAAUUAUUUGAUUUAUGAUAGAUACCAAAAUAGACUACUAUACGUGUUUUACCAUAUACUUUAAAUAUUUUGUUAUAUUUUGUUAUAUUUGAUCAUAUUUAAAAAUAACUCAUACAUAUAUAUAUAUAAAAGGAUACAAGUAAUUUAUAAGAACAGAUGUGGAUAGUUGGAAUUUUUGUUUGACAUUAGAAUGAGAGUUGGUGCUGAGAAUAAGGAUAAAAGCAGUAGGUUUAGGAUAAAAAUUAGUGGUAAAUAUUAGGCUAUACUUAUAAUAAAUAAAUGAACUGUAAGGACAGGUGUGGACAGUUUGGAAAUGUUGUAUGGCAUCUAAUUUUGGGAUAUUGGAAUUGAAAAAGGGGAAAUGUUGUUGGAAUUUCCAGACAGAAUGAAAAGAUAACAAACAAAGUAUGUAGAAGGGAACAGGUCACAGGAGGAGAAAUGGAAGAAGAGAGGUGGAGUUUCAAGCUUUUUAGGACUUAUCAAGAGUUUCAUACCUUCAUUUUUAACUAUUCUUAGUGCAUCUAAAUUUCUACCAAUAGAACAGAUUGUCACAAUGCCACAUCUCCUUUUCUUGUUUCCAAAUCAGUUAUGAAUUCUCUCUUUCAAAUUCUCUGUUUUUUCUCUGAUCUUUUUCCAUAUCACAUCCUUCAGUUUCUUUCUUGUUUUCGUCUGUGGGGUGCAACAAAGGCAAAUGGGGUGUGGAAACUCCAAGCUUAAUCCAGGAGGAGAGUUGGUUCCUCCAAGGAUUCGCCCACUUCAUGUACGAAAUAAACUUUUGGAGUUGAGGAAACGUAAGAAUGGAACCCAUCUUAGAGAUGGAGCAUUGUCAAAAAAAGUGCUUCUGAAAGAUGGAGAAUCAGAAGAAGAGAACGCUAUGCAUGUCGAUAACAGACAUGAGUGUGGCAGCACAAAAUGUUUGGCCUCACAACAACACACCAACAAUAAUAAUGCAACCAAAGAUGAGCAUAAUUCAGCUUCAACCAUUCCUCCAUCCAACAACAAUGCUAGUGCAACAAAAACUGGUGAACAAAGCAACCACAUCUUGGAGGAGGAGCCUCAACCACACAUACAAUUGAAAGCUACCCACCCUGAUGACACUCCUGUUCUUGAACUUAAACAAGAUAAAACCAUGAAUGAACAUAAAUGUAUCCAAGAAGGAGAUGAAAACAACAAGAAAGAAGGAGAAGAUGGGAGGCCUGACAACGAAGAGAAUCGAGGAAGCUUCAUUUGUCCUGGAUCUCCCAGUUUCAGACUUUAUUUUGUUGAAGAAACACAAGACGACAAAGAAAAAGUUGAAAUGAAAGAUGCAAGUGGUAUGGGAGAUGUCUCACACAAGAAGUCGCCAAGUCGUGACAGCGUUGAGAGCACCACUAGUGCAAAAUGUGACGAGGGCCAGGAGAACAAGGCAAUAAAGAAAGGGAAAAAGGAAACGACUUUCAAUAGAGUCGUCAGUAAAAAAAGACCAGUUAGCGUUGGUGUCAAGAAUUUGUUGAAUGUUAAAUCUUGCUAUCAUUUGAGUUGUUCCGGCAAUGACAGAGCCAAUCUUCUAGCUAGAAAAGCCGAAGCUUAAGAUUUUCCCAGCAAUGGAAGGGACAGUUUGUACCCCUCCUAUCUCCAUCUCAAGGGGUUGGGGAAUGGAGGUUUCAUGCUGAUUUUUUAGGCCAUUAGUCCCUCAAUGUGAUCUAACUCAUCAUAAAUAGCUACAAUUUGUAGCUAUAAUGUAACGAUUAAUUAAUUCGUUUAAAUACCUUGUCAUUCAACUACCAUUUCUAACAUUGUUAUACAUCAACUAUAUUCUCCUAUUUAACCAUUUUCAUUACACCACAAAUAUUCACCGUAAAAAAUACACACAAAUUCUUCAUUUUCUUAACUUCACAAAACUUCCACAUAAAAACACAAGAAAAUUAAUAGGUGCAAAAUUAAAA